GAGAGCAUAAGUGAAGCAGAAGUGACGGAGACGAGCUAUUGCAUAUCGUGCUGACGGAAGAUGGUUGAAGGAUUUCACAUAUUUACUUGAUCAAAAGACGGUAGAAAGUAUAGUUUUUUAUUUACUUAUUGUCACUACAUGAUUCCGUGCAGUCAUAGGGCUUUCAAACUGGCAACAAGGGGCGAGAAGUUAUUUUAUGACUUACAGUCAAUAGUUUUUCUUAAUGUUUUAAUUAAUAGAGCUUUUUAACGAGACACUUACAAAGUAUCGAGUCUUUUAAUCCAGUCAACAUUGAAAGAUCGUAUCCAUGUUGAAGCUGAAAUGCAAUGGGCCAGUCAGGAAGUCAUAAAAAUGAUAAAAUAUGGAUUAAACACAUUUCAUUCAAUUGUUAAAAGAAAUUCGACAAACACGAUACUAUUAGAUUGUCCUUCAUUCAUAGAUUGUGUGUUGCAGUCGGGAAAAAGAAAAUCUAACGUUUUCUGGUUGUAUUCGUGAAAAUAAAAUCGAGCGUUGUCUUGUUGUAAUCGUGAACAGGAACUCAAGCGCUUUCUGGUUGUAAUCGUGAACAGGAACUCAAGCGCUUUCUGGUUGUAAUCGUGAACAGGAACUCAAGCGCUUUCUGGUUGUAAUAGUGAACAGGAACUCAAGCGCUUUCUGGUUGUAAUCGUGAACAGGAACUCAAGCGCUUUCUGGUUGUAAUCGUGAAAAUAAAAUCGAGCGUUGUCUUGUUGUAAUCGUGAACAGGAACUCAAGCGCUUUCUGGUUGUAAUCGUCGACGUUACAUUAUCUCGACAUAGAGCGUGAUCACGUAAGAAGAAAACAGCAAACUAUCAAGGUGAUCUCACAAGCGUGCUGUAGGCAUGGCUCAGGCACUAGGUCACGUGAUCGUCUGUAAGUACAAGUUACGUCUGCGACUGGGUUACAUCUCGGUACCCACACGUCCAGUGUUAUUCUGGUCUUGACGGUAACUGAGAGCUUAACGUAAUUAACAAGUGAAAUAAAUAAAUAGUCAUUUUUUUAAAAAAAUUAGUUUCAUGUUUUCACUCCAACUCUGCAUGCUUCUACUCAAAUAAUGUUUCUAUUCAAAGAAUUUUUCUACUCAAAGAAUGUUUCUAUUCAAAGAAUGUUUCUACUCAAAGAAUGUUUCUAUUCAAAGAAUGUUUCUAUUUAAAGAAUGUUUCUAUUCAAAGAAUGUUUCAAUUCAAAGAUUUUUUCUAUUCAAAGAAUGUUUCUUCUCAAAGAAUGUUUCUAUUCAAAGAAUAUUUCUAUUCAAAGAAUGUUUCUACUCAAAGAAUGUUUCAAUUCAAAGAAUGUUUCUAUUCAAAGAAUGUUUCUUCUCAAAGAAUGUUUCUACUCAAAGAAUGUUUCUAUUCAAAGAAAUUUCUUCUCAAAGAAUUUUUCUAUUCAAAGAAUGUUUCUACUCAAAGAAUGUUUCUUCUCAAAGAAUGUUUCUAUUCAAAGAAUGUUUCUUCUCAAAGAAUGUUUCUAUUCAAAGAAUGUUUCUACUCAAAGAAUGUUUCUAUUCAAAGAAUAAUUCGAUUCAAAGAAUGUUUCAAUUCAAAGAAUGUUUCUUCUCAAAGAAUUAUUUUAUUCAAAGAAUGUUUCUUUUCAAAGAAUGUUUCUAUUCAUAGAAUGUUUCAAUUCAAAGAAUGUUUCUAUUCAAAGAAGGUUUCUAUUCAAAGAAUGUUUCUAUUUAAAGAAUGUUUCUAUUCAAAGAAUGUUUCUAUUCAAAGAAUGUUUCUAUUCAAAGAAGAUUUCUAUUCAAAGAAUGUUUCUAUUCAAAGAAUGUUUCUAUUCAAAGAAUGUUUCUAUUGAAAGAUUGUUUCUUGUCAAAGAAUGUUUCUAUUCAAAGAAUGUUUCUAUUCAAAGAAGGUUUCUAUUCAAAGAAGGUUUCUAUUUAAAGAAUGUUUCUAUUCAAAGAUUUUUUCUAUUCAAAGAAUGUUUCUUCCCAAAGAAAGUUUCAAUUCAAAGAAUGUUUCUAUUCAAAGAUUUCUUCUCAAAGAAUGUUUCUAUUCAAAGAAUGUUUCUUUUCAAAGAAUGUUUCUAUUCAAAGAAGGUUUCUAUUCAAGGAAUGUUUCUAUUCAAAGAAUGUUUCUAUUUAAAGAAUGUUUCUUCUCAAAGAAUGUUUCUAUUCAAAGAAUGUUUCAAUUCAAAGAAUGUUUCUAUUCAAAGAAGGUUUCUAUUCAAAGAAUGUUUCUAUUUAAAGAAUGUUUCUAUUCAAAGAAUGUUUCUAUUCAAAGAAUGUUUCUAUUCAAAGAAGAUUUCUAUUCAAAGAAUGUUUCUAUUCAAAGAAUGUUUCUAUUCAAAGAAUGUUUCUAUUCAAAGAAUGUUUCUAUUGAAAGAUUGUUUCUUGUCAAAGAAUGUUUCUAUUCAAAGAAUGUUUCUAUUCAAAGAAGGUUUCUAUUCAAAGAAGGUUUCUAUUUAAAGAAUGUUUCUAUUCAAAGAUUUUUUCUAUUCAAAGAAUGUUUCUUCCCAAAGAAAGUUUCAAUUCAAAGAAUGUUUCUAUUCAAAGAUUUCUUCUCAAAGAAUGUUUCUAUUCAAAGAAUGUUUCUUUUCAAAGAAUGUUUCUAUUCAAAGAAGGUUUCUAUUCAAGGAAUGUUUCUAUUCAAAGAAUGUUUCUAUUCAAAGAAUGUUUCUUCUCAAAGAAUGUUUCUAUUCAAAGAAUGUUUCUAUUCAAAGAAUGUUUCUUCUCAAAGAAUGUUUCUAUUCAAAGAAUGUUUCUAUUCAAAGAAUGUUUCUUCUCAAAGAAUGUUUCUAUUCAAAGAAUGUUUCUAUUCAAAGAAUGUUUCUUCUCAAAGAAUGUUUCUAUUCAAAGAAUGGUUCUAUUUAAAGAAUGUUUCUAUUCAUAGAAUGUUUCAAUUCAAAGAAUGUUUCUAUUCAAAGAAGGUUUCUAUUCAAAGAAUGUUUCUAUUCAAAGAAUGUUUCUAUUCAAAGAAGGUUUCUAUUCAAAGAAUGUUUCUUCCCAAAGAAUGUUUCUAUUCAAAGAAUGUUUCUAUUCAAAGAUUGUUUCUUCUCAAAGAAUGUUUCAAUUCAAAGAAUGUUUCUAUUCAAAGAAGGUUUCUAUUCAAAGAAUGUUUCUAUUCAAAGAAUGUUUCUAUUCAAAGAAUGUUUCCAUUCAAAGAAUGUUUCUUCUCAAAGAAUGUUUCUAUUCAAAUAAUGUUUCUAUUCAAAGAAUGUUUCUUCUCAAAGAAUGUUUCAAUUCAAAGAAUUUUUCUUCUCAAAGAAUGUUUCUAUUCAAAGAAUGUUUCUAUUCAAAGAAUGUUUCUAUUCAAAGAAUGUUUCUUUUCAAAGAAUGUUUCUAUUCAAAGAAUGUUUCUAUUCAACGAGUGAAAAGUGCAAACUUGAGUUUACUUCGUGUGAAUCUUGGUCAGAUUUUCAUACAGCGUUUGCGAUGACCUGAAAUGGUUUAGCCAUAAGUGUACACAGGGCAAGGCUUGCAAGUAGUGAGGGCUGAAACCUGACCUGCGAGACGCACAGUGAGAUGUACACACAGUGAGAUGUACACACAGUGAGAUGUACACACAGUGAGAUGUACGCACAGGAAAACCAAGCGUGAAAUGGAAAAGAAUUCAAAAUAAAAGAAGGAAAAGGAGAUUUAUUUAACUAUUCUGAAUCUGGUAAAUAAUAAUAACACACCCACCUACACACACACCCAGACCCACACAUACCCACACCCGCACACACACCUACACACACACACAUACACACCCACACAUACCCCCACACACACCCACAAACACAGUUUUUUAUAACAGGCCCGCGUAUUGUGAGAAAAUACCCGGUUCAGUUGUUAGCCAAACAAAGAGUUAGCUUCUCAUUAUUUACAAUAUGCAACGAAAUCUCCUGACCUUUGCCAUGCUUUGCCUUCGUCAACGUUUUGUAUCAAGAAAAACCAACUGAUAGGAACAGGCAAUUGGCGUAUUUCGGAAUAGAGAUGACGUUGUACCAAAAACCCGUUGACCGAGAAGAUACUGUCUUUCAUUUUAUAACAAAGACUCAUAAAACAAAAGUCGCAUUAUGAAGAACAUAGCAGCCCAUUGACCGGAGUUCAGACGUGUCGCAUGAAACACGCUGCGUGACAAAGUUAAUUCGUUCCCUCAGUACUCUUAAUAUGAAACAUGUGGAGUUUGAGGAGGGCGGUUUUGAAGUAGAAGCAGGACACACAGAAGGGAACUAUAUAUACAAGAGAUUAGCUGAAUAUGAACAUAUGCAUUAGCCGUAAUAUAUGAGGGAAACGUUCAAGUCGCCAUUUAAAGUAAAGUAAUAGUGGAGAAAGGUUUUUAUGGGUUUAAAAAAAAAAAAUGACGGGACUAUUACAAUGAAGUUUCGAUAAAAUGCGUUAAUCAGCCAGACAGGACGCAACAAGAAACGGCAGAUAGAAAUCAAAAACGUAUCAUUAAAUUAACUGAAUACUCAAAUGUCAUUUAGUUAUUAUUUUUUGGUUUGUCUGUGUGCUUAUGAAGCAUUGAGUCGAAACGUCCUUGUCAAUGUCCUGUCUUAUUUCAAGGCCAAAAAUACUAUGCUCAUCUAUCUAUUUACUUUCCGGCUAAGAAGCUCUCGUUUGUUUCAGACGCCAACAGUUUGCUGACUGAAUGUUUAACAAACCUUAACCUACAAAAGUCUUGUUAGGUUUCUGUGUGACCGAUUUACUGGUGCCUGACUAGACUUUAAGUUGACUACUGGCGGGGCAUUAAGUUGAUGUCUGAUGGGGCAUUUAGUUGAUGUUUGAUGGGGCUUUCAGUUGACGACUGACAUGAAAUUUAAUUUAAACAACGAAGGGGAGCUUAUUUAAUUACAUUUUUAUAGGUUAUUACUUAAGGCCUUACAACAUUAUUAAAGUCCUGACAUUUGAAGAAUGCUAUUAUUGUGUUUCUUGUAUUCAAAUGAAUAAAUUUUCUAAAUUUUAGUCAGCAUCCAUGACAUUCGAUUGGAUUAUAUCACUAAAGUCCAAAAAGUAAAAUAAAGAAAAUGUUCCUUAAAUAAAGGUAGAGUGGUACCUCGAGAUAUGAAUUUAAUUCGUUCCGUAACCUUCCGUAAUUAAAAUGCCAUUAAUCCGUUCUACCCCCCCCCCAACCAAAAUGCCACCCUAGUUGUUUUUGUUACGUGUUUUUGAAUAUGAAAAAUGCAUUUACAAAUGACAAAUAUUGUGUGAAAAGAUAAUAAAAGAGAAUUUAAAUAAAUAAACUUGUUUUAUAAAGUGCCCUUUGUUAAGGUAUCUCCUCAAAGCUGCUUCUCUGUCACCCAUAUCAUCAGCAGUUGCUGCAUCUUUUGAUGGAGAGAGGUACAGAGCUUAGAGAUUAUUGUAACCACCUUAGCUCAAAUUAUACCCUUUAUCGACUCCUUCUGAUUAAGCACAGCACAUAGCGUUGGAGUAUUACGCCCGUACUGUCUCGCCAAGUCGGUCACUCGCACACCUUGCUCAUGUUUUUCUAUGUUUUCACACUUUAAUUCAAUAGACAUCAUCUCCCUCUGAGCACUGACCUUUCCACUCACUUUCUUCGGACCCAUGGUUAUAAAAAGAAAUGUGAGAAAGCACUGUAACUGCCUAAAAAGUACAAUUCGCGAGCACAACUUAUCAAAGAUGCCUCGACAGCGAGGCAAAAAAGUACACUGACAAUGUGAAACGCACGAGACACGACUGGUGUGUUCGUGUGCAGCCGGCCGACCCGCUGACCCAGUUCCUCGUAUCUCAAAUUUUUCUCGUAUUUCAAAGCAAAACAUCGCUCACUCGACGGCUCGUAUCUCAAAAAUCCCCGAAUGCCAUGACAUUCGUAUGUCGAGGUAUCACUGCAUUCUAAAUUUUAAUGUCUCUUUAUUAAUAUUUUUCCAUGAAAAUUGGUUUAUUUCAACAACAAAAAAAUUACAGUAUAGUUUUUUUGUUUUUUGUUGUUUUUUUUUUUUUUUUUUUUCAAAUGUGAUUACACAUAAAACUUGCUAUCUCUUCAGGUUAAAUGGAAUGUUCAAAUAUGAAAGUCAUUCCUUUUGAUAAAUUAUUCCAAUAAAAUUUGACACUGCAUGCACAACUGGUGAAUUCGCAUUAGCCUACAAUUAAAGAAUCAGGAGAAAACAUGGAUGACUCUUCGGCACAACAGCGGCCUAGUCGGUGUGGUCAGUUGUUCAAGAGUUUACUUCUGGUCACUCACAUGGUCGGCAUUGAGGCUUGUGUGGCGUUUGAGGUCAUCCUCAUGAUAGCCAACCUACAAACUCUUGGAGUACCGAUCCGAUUCUCGUCUCUGCCAGGGACAGUCGCUGCCACUUUUGGCAUCGUGCUCAUCCCUACCCUAGGUUUCAUCAUGGACAAAUUGGCCACAUCGAGGAGGGCCAAAGCCAUUAUAUUAGUAUGCACAACAUCCUUUCAAGUCGCCGGGACAUUUUUCAUUUUCAUCGGCAACGCGGUAAAACUUCUGUACCACGAUAAACUCACUCCAAGCAAUUCAACUUGGUGGAAUGUAACCACAGAAGAAAGUCUUACUACUAAAACAGAAUGGCCAAAUGAAACUCUAUUGUCAGUAAUGGGAAUAACCGCGACAGAAUAUCCACGUAUAGGACCAACAUCGAAUAUCAGUUUACUUUUAACUACUCAGUUUGAGAGUAGCACAACAGAGCUACCCACCGAAGAAGCACCGAUCCAAUACUUUGCGAUUCUAGCAAUGGUGGGGUAUGCAUUGAUCGACUGUGGAUAUGAUUCCUCCAAUUGUUUUCUGAAAACAUUUGCUCUGGCGUCUACACCACCUGAAGAUCACUCCAAUAUCAUCGUCAGGUCUAUUCUGGUUUCCUCACUGGGUACGUAUCAGACAUAACAUAGACCAGCCUGCACAAAAUACGGCCCUUGGUCCUCAGGAGACCAUAUAUAUAUAAAAAAAAAUAUUUAUUUUAUUUUUCUGUGUGUAUAUAUAUAUACAAUAUAUAUAUAUAUACACACAGAAAAAUAAAAUAAAUAUUUAUUUUUUAUUUCAUUUUUAAAUAAUAAAUAGAUUUUUUAUUUUUUUUAUUUUCCCCCAGGUAUACGACUAUUUGAUUUGAAACGUUUUUUAAAAAUUAAAUCAAACUAAAUUGAUAAACAUUUAUCGUUGUGUAAAUAUUCACGACAUUUUUUCUGUACAACAUAUGGACAGUGAGAAGUACACAAAUGUUGACGAAGUAGGACUAAACACUUUUAGUGUAUUCGGAAACACUUAUAAAUGUGAACAUACAUUUACAAUAAUGAACAUUGACAAAUGAACGCAACGCCCUUUCUGACUGAUGAUCAUUUGGAAGACAUCUUGAGAACAGCCACUUCCAAAAUAUCUCCCGAAUACGAUAAACAUGUUACCGAGAAACGGUGAAAUGUUUCACGUUUAAUAUAUUUCGUAAGUAACGAAAUAGUCCUUAUUAUUAUUAAUUUCUUAAAAGCCCCCCCCCCCCCCACACACCCCUAUCCUAUUUUCUUUCUGUCCGCACAAGUUUUUCAUAAGUAUUACGUACGUUUAAUAUAUUUCGUAAGUAACGAAAUAGUCCUUAUUAUUAUUAAUUUCUUAACAGCCCCCCCCCCCACACACCCCUAUCCUAUUUUCUUUCUGUCCGCACAAGUUUUUCAUAAGUAUUACGGCCCGCCUUACAUUUUGAGUUGUGCAGGCCCGACAUAGACACAAGAGAUCGAAAUAAUUUGUCAUUGAGGCAUUACGUAUAGACAUAUUAAGACCAAAUACUACAUUUAACACAUCCCUCAUAUUUCCAAUUACGUUUCUUAUUGCAAAAUAGUACUCCGCUUCUAACACCUUCCUAGGUGGAUGUCUGAUAGCUGUCCUGGGGUCAGUUGGACUUGGGAAUCUGCUCACUGUAGGAACAAUGCACGACAGCAACGCGGCACAAUGUGCCUUCCUCUCCGCCCUGUGUUUUGUUCUCCUUCUGUCAGGAUUGACCACAACACUGACCUCCGGCUUCUGCUGCACCAACAGCGUAGAUUCCUUGGAGUCAGACACCGAAGAGUAAGUUAACGUGUACUGAAUAGAUGUUAAAUAUUUUUCUGCACUGUGUAAGCUCAGCAUUUGUAGCGGUGGUAAAAAAAACAUAAUUGUAAUUUAACAAACAGAGAAAUCUUGGCCCAUGGUUAACUAAAUAAUGAAUAUCAAUAGUAGAGAAGAGGUGUGUGUGGGGGGGGGGGGGGGGAGAGGUACAAUUCAAUUUUUACUGUCAAUUUGUUUCUUUAUGAAUUUUAAAGGAGUGAGUUCGAAAAGGGACAAGAUUGGCCACGAUACAGUUAUCUAACCGUGAUAAAAGCAAUGAAAUGGCUAUCUCAUAAUAAUAACAUUAAUGACAUGGUUAUCUAACAGUGGUGACAUUAAUGAUAUGGUUAUCUAACAGUGAUGAAGUUAAUGUUAUUUUAAUUAAAGUUGUUUUAACCUUUCUCACUGUCGCAGAAAUCCAAUUUUUUUUAAAGUUCUAUACCAAAAUGGUCUUUCCUUCAGACCGGUCGUUGAGACGAGUAAUGAAAAAUCCAAGUUAAUUGCUUCAAGUAAUUCAUUGCACAAAAGUACAUCCAAGGCAGAUGAAAAGGACCCUCGACUCUUCUUUGCGUCUGGCGGGUACACGUUUGAGAAUCCUCAAGUUAUUGACCAUGCUGACCUGACGGAGCACAAGGGAAUUGUGGGAUUCAUUAGAAGACAGAAGAAACAAAUCAUUCUGAAUAUAGCAACAUUUUUCUUGAUUGGAGCUCUCUAUUCAUACGAAGUGUACGUCGUCAAUUUUGUGGGUGAGUCCAAACGCAAUGAAAUAAUUGACAAAAUGGUGUACAGAUACCAAACUAUUUAUUGGCGUCGGGGAGGGGGGGGGCGUCGAGCUCGAGCUCUUAAUGCAUGAUCCCUGCACACCUCCACGCGGGCCAGACACCGGGUUUUCCCGCCGACAGACCGUGCGAUGGCGUGCUGGGAACCUCCCCCUGGCAUGGGGGAUGUCCCGUCGACCGAAAGCGCUGCGCUUAAAGCGCUCGUAGCCGACUCUCCUGAGGGUUGGGUUGGGUUUGCGUCCACUACAGGAGAAAUGAUGUGGCGUUACCACACUCGCACGCCAAGGGAGCCUCUCGGUUGGGACGAAAAGCUGGGACCUUACGGUUACCUUGGAGCAGCUUUAUCACGGCCUCAUAAAUAAAAUCAUUGACAUCAGUUUUUUCCGCCACCCAAGUCUCAUAUCCAUUUACGCAACAUGUAAUCAUGUUAUUGCAUUACUACUCCCGUUGCGUUGGGAUUCAUGCGGUCGGCUGGGGUUUCUGGCUUCGGGUGGGCAGGUCCACCCUACUUUUCCAAUUACACAUCCUUUACUUGAAGAACUAAUUGAAGAAAGAUGUUAUUUACAAACUAAACACAUUUUGGAUGAUACAUCAGACACUCUUCAUCACAGAUACUUAGGAUCGGCCAGUUCGGGACAAAUUCUAUCUCUCAGGGAGAAGGCUGAAAGAUAUAAAAAUUCUUUUGUUCCCCAGUCUAUACGAAUUUAGCAGCGCGCUCCUCCUGAAGUCACACAUCUUAAUAAAAACUAAUAAGUCCUUGAUAUGGCUAAGAGAAUUCACUGAAUGGCUGUUUUUUCACAAGUAAAAUAAUUUAAUGUAGAGGUCUUGUGUUCAAAUUAUUUUAUGUAUGUGCUGAAAAUGUACAAUGAAAUCAAAAAAAACAUUUACCUUUGUUUGGAUCAAUAAAAGAAUCGUAUCUUAUAAUAUUGUAUUCCUCAGCUCUGUGGGAUUUUCAAUUCUACCUUUAAUUAUUUAGCCCUGCCAAGUAUGAAACCUCAGCAGAAUAUAACCCCUAAGAUAAAAUAAAGAGUAGACGUAUACUAAACAUAAUAUCGCUGUGACCCAUAAUAAUUUGUAAAAUGACGUUGGAUGCUAUUUAUAGCUUUUUUUUUUUUUUUUUUUUUUUUUUUUUUUUUACAAUAAACCAUGAAAUCCGUUAAAAAUGAUAUGUUAUCAUUAAUUAUGGCGUCCUAAGACAUUCUCAGAUUAGUAAAAAAUGAUUGUAAGUACAGAUUGUAAUACACACAUAGAACAGUUUUCUAACGAGGAUUAAAUACAGACAGUUGAAAUAGAAACAUCUUUAAUUCUUUUUUGUUUUUUUUUUUUUUUUUUUUUUUUUUUUUUUUUUUUUUUUUUUUACAAUAAACCAUGAAAUCCAUUAAAAAUGAUAUGUUAUCAUUAAUUAUGGCGUCCUAAGACAUUCUCAGAUUAGUAAAAAAUGAUUGUAAGAACAGAUUAUAAUACACACAUAGAACAGUUUUCUAACGAGGAUUAAAUACAGACAGUUGAAAUAGAAACAUCUUUAAUUCGUUAAAUAAAUUUUGAAUACCUCUAUGUCUCCUGGCUCCGCUACAGUCUUAUUCUGGUUAGAACCAUUUUGACUAUUUUUCCUUUAUUGAUUCCCAAAUUUCAAUGUCAUCAUCACAACAUUUCUCGACAUGGAUAAGAGAUGAUAAAGAUUGUACAAUAUGCGUCACAAUUCACACUACGGACACCACAGGAUCUUGAACACUGACGUGCGUCAGUUAACAUAUUUGGGGGAAAAAAAAAAAAACUUGGCGUGUUUGUUUUUUUUAAAACAAUAAACGGAAGCAGGUAUGGGGUGGGGGGGGGAGUGGAAUAUUUUAAUAUAAUGUAAGAGCUUAUUUUGAACACUGACGUGCGUCAGUUAACAUAUUUGGGGGAAAAAAAAAAAAACUUGGCGUGUUUGUUUUUUUUAAAACAAUAAACGGAAGCAGGUAUGGGGUGGGGGGGGGAGUGGAAUAUCUUAAUAUAAUGUAACAGCUUAUAUUGACUUUUUGUUCUUUAUCUUUAACACCACAGGCGAAGGAAUUUUUAAUGGUGACCCCAACGCAAAGGUCACUACCCAGGAGUACAAAGAUUACCUCAAAGGUAUCGAAGUUGGAUCCAGCGGCAUCUUGAUAAUCUAUGUCAUGUUCAUCAUUGGAAGCCUCUGUCAGGAGAUGCUGUUACGAAGAAUAGGUAUGGGAUAUUGCCUUAGGUGUGUGAUGAUGUUGGAUAACUCAAGCUUUUGAGAUCGUUUGUCGACUUUUACCUCUCUUCACAGCGUUAUUUAUUUGUGUUUGCAUUGUUAAUUUGUGAUCUUGACAUUUCUCUGAAUCCGUAAAAGAUGUACAGUUCACUCGCUGUCCGUUCAUUUCAUCCAUUCAUUUUAUUGAUUCAUUUUAUUGAUUCAUUUUUUUAAUUCAUUUUAUCCAUUCAUUUUAUCCAUUCAUUUUAACCAUUCAUUUUAUCCCUUCAUGUUAUCCAUUCACUUAUCCAUGAAUUUUAUUCAUUCAUUUUAUCCAUUAAUUUAUACAUCCAUUGUAUCCAUUUAUUUUAUUCACUCAUUAUAUACAUUCAUUUGAUCCAUUCAUUGUAUUCAUUCAUUUUAUCCAAUCAUUUUAUUCAUUCAUGUUAACCAUUAAUUUAUCCAUUAAUUUUAUCCAUUCUUUUAUUCAUUUAUUUAUCCAUUCAUUUAUCCUUUCAUCCGUCACAUGUUAAUUGAACUGUUAUUAUAAAUUAUACAAUCCAUCUAUUUUAUCAUACCUCCCUCCCCACCCCAUAAUCCCCAUCCAGGCUGGAAGCUAGAGAUGAUCAUCGCAUGUUCUGGUUUCGUAGCUGUCAACGUUGUUUGCGCAGUCCUGUCCACCCUGUGGUCCUAUUACGUCACAGCCGCCUGGACUGGUCUCUACCGAGCGGUUGUAGUGACAGUACCCUACAUAUUAGCCAACCAGUUCGCCCUGGAACAGGUGUGUUGAGUGAUAUUGAUGGUCUCUAGGUAAAAGGCAGCUGUCAGUAGGAGCACUCCAGCCAAUAAGUUGUGAACUUUCGGUGGUCGCCAACUGCUUGCGAGGGACGCAUGAUAAUUUUAACAUGCAGUCAAUUUUGUUGGAAAUUUUACCUUGAAUUUUCUCAACACCUUUAAAAAUGGAUAUGGCCACCUAAAGUUACAUAACGUGACUUUUGUUGGACACUUAUAACUUUUCGGGACUUUGCCUCCUGCAUUCAUAGUUAAAAGAUUUUCUUCCCGUCUCAACAUUGGGCCAUUCAAUAUCUGAGGCCCACGCGAAGACUCUGCCACAAAGCAGUAUGGUCCUAGUCCAGUGGUCGGCAAACUCAUUAGUCUAAAGAACAAAAGAUGAGCAGCAGGAUGUAAACAAAAAAAUUAAGUGAUAAAUUUCUUGUCAAGAAUCUGUCUAGAAUUAAGUUUUUCUGAGACAAAACCGAUUUGUUGUCGACUGGCCGAGCCGCACUCAGGUCGCUAAAGAGCCAUAUGUGGCUCGCGAGCCGAGAUUUAUCAACACCUGUACUCGUCAAUUUCAGUUUUGCUCUUUUCCUUGGUAUAUUGUAUGUAUUGAUGAAAACACAAGGAUGCCACAAAAAAAUAAUAAUGAGCUGACAGACGCUCUAAAUAAUUUAUUUAUUAAGAAAUUUACGAAGAUCAGGGCGAGACUUGACAUUUGCAAUGAUGCUCCCGAAUUCUUGCAGUUUAAAGGCACUCCUAUAAGCAAAUUUUUAGAGGUCACAGAAUCACAUGUUAUGAAAAUACUGGUUGACUCCCCGAAAAAGUCAUUUUUGCUGGACCCUAUUCCUGCAGGGUUGUUGUACGAAUGUUUCGAUGAAGUAGUCCCUAUCGUAACUAGCAUCAUAAAUCAGUCUUUGAAAACUGGUAUUGUUCAAUCCUCUUUUAAAGAGGUGGUCGUGACUCCACUGCUAAAGAAAGCAAAUCUUGACCAAAAUGUGUUGGAAAAUGAUCGCCCGAUCUCAAAUGUACCUUUUGUUUCUAAAAUUUUAGAGAAAGUCGUUCUCCGUUUGCUCCUUCACCACAUCACUCAGUGUGACUUGUUUGAGCCUUUCCAGUCAGCAUACAGGGCGCACCACUCUGAACCACCUCACUGAGUGUGACUUGUUUGAGCCUUUCCAGUCAGCAUACAGGGCGCAUCGCUCUACCGAGACAGCCUUGUUGCACGUAGUAAAUGACCUGCUAUCAUCUUGUGGUGAGGGCAGGGUAUCCCUUUUUUUUUUUAUUACUUGAUUUAUCGGCAGCAUUCCAUACGCUUUACCACGGCAUACUUCUAAAAACAUCUGCAAAAAAGUUUGGUUUUACCGAUACCGUCCUGAGAUGAUUCCGUGCGUAUCUGACAAAUCGGGUCUAAUCAGUUAUCGCAAACGGCUUGACCUCGAAGCAAUCUAUUAUUGAAUUCGGAGCACCCCAGGGCUCAGUUUUGGGUCCAGUGCUUUUCACUAUGUAUGUUUAGCCUUUGGAUGCAGUGAUCAAGCAUUUUGAUAUGCUAUAUGACGGAUGAUACCCAACUUAAGCAAUCCGUGACCCCCUCUCAGUUCCCCAAGCUUCUUAGUAUGACACAGAAGACAAUGGAGUCAGUUAAUCACUAGAUAAACAUAAAUAAGCUCAAAUUGAACGAUGAAAAGACCGAGCUGAUAUCCAUUGCUACCACUCAAAAUCUAAAAUCUGUAAAUAACACACCACCCCUUUCUCUCUUACGGAUACAGAUAGAAUUUGCACAAACAGUGCGAAACCUGGGUGUCUACUUAGACAGAACACUAACUAUGGAAAAUCACAUUAAUAGGAUUUGCAAGGCAAUUUUUCUAGAGCCGCCCAGAAUGAGUCAUAUCAGACCUUUCUUAACGUUUGAUGCAACAAAAUGGCUGAUGUCUGCAUUCGUGCUAUUACGUAUGGACUACGGCAAUGCUCUCAUGUUUGGUCUUUCAGCUACGCUCCUGGAUAAAAUUAAAAAAGCACAAAAUAAUGAAGCUCGCAUUUUUUUUUUUUUUGCAAACGCAAAUUUGAUCAUGCUAAAACACUUCUGAGAGAGUUGCAUUGGCUGCCGCUCCGCGCUCAUAUAGAGCACAAAAUUGCAACAUCUGUGCGACCGCUGCUUGCAUGACCUGGCGCUGUUCUAUCUCAAAGCGCUCAUGACGCCUUAUGUACCCGCUAGACAACUCCGAUCAUCAGAUAGUGGCAAACUCUGGAUACCACGUGUUUGCCUUGAGCCUUACGGAAGGCGCACGUUCGCAUUUGCUGGCCCAACAAUUUGGAAAACACUUCCUGUUGCUCUCAGAAACAGCGAGACACUGGAGUCUUUCAAAACCAAUUUUAAUACAUAUCUAUUUCGCAAACACCUGUUGGGGUUAAUUUGUCUACCAUCUUUUCCAGCUAGCUAUUAUCUCCUAGAUGUAUAGUCGCCUGUUUUGUUUAUGGUUGCAAGGGAUGAACGACUUAGAAUGGAUAUUCUCGUAUGUAGUUUUUGUUAUGUUGCAUUUUGUAUUUCAGUGUGGUAGAAUAUAGAUUUUUCAUUUCUUUUUUUUUAAUAUGGAUGACUUUGUACAGCUUUUCGAGCCUUUGGGAUGAAGCGUGAUUUGCAAAUAUGCGUUUUAUUAUUAUUAUUAUUAUUAUUAUCUCCCCUACCACAACCACCACCAACCCUUAAUUAUCUUUUUCUUCCAUAGAGCGAUGAUCAAAACACGGGUGUGGCCAUAGCUGUUGUUGCGUCCAUGUUGCCUUGUGGGUUCACGGUGUGCUCAGCUAUCAUGGGACCGCUGAUUGACUUGACUGGGAACCCUGCCACGCCUGUAUAUUACACAGUUGUCAGUGCUUUCCUUGGAUUGAUAACUAUACUGUUUUUAAAAUCUGAAAGUUAGGCCUGGAACACAGCUAUAGUUGACUGUGAUAUCUGUCAUAUAUUUUGUCUAAGUAUCCAAAUGUUAAAACUAGUAUCAUGCAGUAGCAGGGGCAAUAAAGUACAUGGUAGACCUGCCAGUAUGCUAGAGUGGUGACCUCAUUACAACUUAGAAACGUUAAAUUUUAAUUACAGAAAUUCCACAAUGGGAUCUCUUUGGAUUACACAUUUAAUAGAUCUACUUUAAUGAUAUAAUAACAUAACUUUACAUGACCUAUUUACUCUAAUGAUAUAAUUACAUACCUUUACACGACUUACCUCCUCUAAUAGUGUAAUUACAGCCUUUACAAGUCCUGCUUCCUCUAACGAUACAAUAACAUACCUUUACAUGACCUACUUGCUCUAAUGAUUCCAUUACAUAACCUUAUAUGACCUACUUAUUUUAAUGAUACAAUUACAAACUUGAAAUGAGUUACUUAUACCUAAAGAUAUAAUUGCAUUCCUUCAAACGACCCACUUCCUAUAAUGAAAUAAUUACAUACCUUUACACGACCUAUUUUCUCUAAUGAUGCAAAUACAUAACUUUACAUGACCUACUUACUCUAAUAAUACAAUUACAUGCCUUUACUGGAACUACUGACUCUAAUGAUAUAAUUACAUACCUAAAUAAGGACGAUCUUGGCUUCUUUUAUAAAUAAUGGGGUUGAUAGAGACGUACCAUUGUAUAGCGUCAUACCUAGACGGGGUUGAUAGAGAUGUGCCAUUUGAUAGCGUCAUUAACAGUCUUAUAUGCCACGACUAAAUAAAUUACUGAUUAGAUGUAAUAAAAAUAGUUCUUAUUAGAAUUAAUAUAUUUUGUAUUUGUCAGACAAGAGGUAUUAAGAUAUUGUGUACAUAUUAAGAUAUUUUUUACUUUUCAUACAGAACGUAUUGAGAUAUUUUGUAUUGGCAAGAAAAAAUGUAUUAACAUAUUGUGUAUUUGCAGGUAAGAAGGUAUUAAGUUAUUUUGUGUUUUAUGAAAGAAGGUAAUACAAUAUUUUCAUUUGCCUUAGUAUUAAGUAAGUUUUCAUAUUUUCUGAUAGAAUGUCUUACUGUAUUUAGAUAUCUGGCAGAUAGAAUGUAUUUUAAGCAAUGAAAUACUGUCAAAUACUGUUCAGAAUGCUAGCACUAUGCGUGUUGCCUGCGUACCAGUACAAACAUGAUUGUUCAAGUUAAACUCCAUUCGUUAAUAUUUAGAGUUAAUUUACUGGUCUGCUCUGUACAUACUGUUAUAUCAAUUGUAGUAAUUGAUACUUUGAAGUGAUACCUAAAAAUAAAUUACGUUUUCAUAUUUCUUUCGAAUACAAAUUUC